GCGGGGUGUUGGAGGUGGUUGGAACGGACCCAGGCAGAGACUCUUCCCCCUCUGAAGAUAAGACCUGGCUCCGCCUCCUCCUCGGAGCUCUGCUUGCUGGAGCUGCAUUACAAAAAAAAUAAGGAUGUCGGAGGAGAGAAAGAGGGAAGUGUGUGACACGCCACUUGUCACAAUCUAACUGUAGUUUGUCGGACAUUUACCUGCUGCUCAUGAAUAAAAAGCCAACUACUUUUGCUUGGAGCACUUUGACAGCAUGGAUUCUCAAGUAGGGGGCGAGCCGCCUCCAAGCGGAGGACAAGGAGACAGUCGUCUGAAGAGCAAGAAGCCUCCCAGCCUUACGAUAGCCAUUCCUCCGCCCAGCGACACCAUGGCCGCUGAUUCUGCCAGACAGCCUCUCAGACCGUCGCUGAAAAAGAGCGUGAGCCACCGGGGUCCUGGUUCGACAUCCGACAGCUUCGCUGGAGGCGACGAUGGCGACUUCUCAGCCAGAGACAGAAGGUCGAAGUUUGGAAGACAAACGUCCCUGUCACAAAGCAUCCGAAAAAAUGCGGCCGAGUGGUUUGGCGUUGGUGAAGACUGUGAAACAAAGCAGCAGCUGUGGCACAGGAAGAGCCUGCGCCACUGCAGCCAGCGCUACGGCAAGCUAAAGGCCCAGUACCGGGAACCAGAGACGGCAUCCACCUUGGACCAGAACCCAGAUUCACCAGCCACCACCAAGCUGCCGAGGAUUGUGGACCCCCUGGCCCGAGGCAGAGCUUUCCGUUACCCGGACGAGGUGGACAGUUUACCCAAAACGCCACACACGGUCCAUGGGGGCCCCUUCACGCCGGGGGUCACCUCUCUGAGCUCCUUCACCAGCCAGCGCUCUGGGUACAGCCGCCUGCCCAGGCGGAAGAGGGAGUCCGUCGCCCGCAUGAGCAUCCGAGCCGCAUCCAACCUGCUGAGGGGUCGUAGCGGCUUGGCAGAUUCACACGGCAAGCUCUUCCCCAGGAAGAGCUUCAUCCAGACCCACUGGAUGGACGAAGACACUGUGGAUUCAGCAGACACCACCUCUGCAUCGCUUUUCUUCAGCAAGGUUGAUGCUGAGAUGUACUCUAUGGCGGAUGAUGUGUUUGAAUCACCUCCCAUGUCGGCCUCUCCCGCAUCCACAAAGGAGUUCCCCAGCCUUAAGGAUGCCUCUGUGAAGACCCCCAUCGCAGCGCCUGAAAAGGCUCUUCCUCCUCGCGGCCGCCGCAUCGCUUCCCAGGUGAAGCAUUUUGCGUUUGACAAAAAGAAGCGUGACUACGGCAUGGGCGUGGUGGGCAAAUGGUUGAACCGAAACUACCGACGCAGCCUUAGCAGCAACGUCCAGAAGCAGCUGGACGACUUCCACAGCCACAGGCCCUACUUUACCUACUGGAUAACAUUUGUCCACGUUAUUAUCACACUGCUGGCCUGCUGCACAUAUGGUUUUGCCCCUGUGGGGUUUUCACAGCACUCCAAAACUGAACUAGUGCUGAAGAACAAAGGCAUUUAUGAAAGUGUAAAGUUUAUCCAACAGGAGAACUUCUGGAUUGGACCGAGCUCUGAGGAUCUAAUCCACCUCGGGGCAAAGUUCUCGCCCUGCAUGCGGCAGGACGAGCAGAUAGUCCGGUUGAUCCAGAAAGACAAAGAUCUGGAAAGGGAAUCUGGAUGUUGCAUUCAGAAUGAUAACUCUGGAUGUGUCCAGACACUCAUGGCCGACUGCUCGGAGACGCUGGCCACCUUCACGAAGUCUAAUAAUGUAACUACGGACCGGUCUUCUGGCGUCGUCUGCCAUCAGGAUCCCAACGUGUGUGAGGAGCCAGCCUCGUCUCCGCCUCACCAAUGGCCAGACGACAUCACCAGGUGGCCGAUCUGCACCCAACCCAGAAAGUUCAACAACACAGGCCUCAAACACAUGGACUGCACCAUUAAAGGUCGACCCUGCUGCAUAGGCACUAAGGGCAGAUGUGAGAUCACAACCAGAGAGUACUGCACUUUCAUGCAUGGCUACUUCCAUGAGGAGGCCACACUCUGCUCACAGGUCCAUUGUCUGGCUGAUGUCUGCGGUUUGCUGCCCUUCCUGAAUCCAGACGUUCCCGAUCAGUUCUACCGGCUGUGGCUUUCCCUCUUCCUCCAUGCUGGGCUCUUUCACUGUGCCGUGUCGGUGAUCUUCCAGAUGACCGUACUCAGAGACCUGGAGAAGCUGGCAGGUUGGGCCCGCAUCUCCAUCAUCUACAUCUUCAGUGGCAUCACCGGAAACCUGGCCUCUGCUUUGUUCCUCCCCUACAGAGCCGAGGUGGGUCCAGCAGGCUCCCAGUUUGGACUCCUUGCCUGCCUCUUCGUUGAGCUUUUCCAAGGCUGGCAGAUGCUGGAAAAGCCGCGGAAGGCCUUCCUCAAGCUCCUGGGCGUUGUGCUCUUCCUCUUCCUGUGUGGCCUCCUGCCGUGGAUCGACAACAUCGCCCACAUCUUCGGCUUCAUAGGCGGCAUGCUGCUCUCCUUCGCCAUCCUGCCCUAUGUCACCUUCGGCACCUUCGACAAAUACCGCAAGCGGAUCCUGAUCGUUGUGUCGCUGGUUUUCUACGUCGGGCUCUUCUCCUCCCUCGUGGUUUGGUUUUAUGUUUACCCCAUCAACCUCCACUGGCUGGAGCAUCUCACCUGCCUCCCCUUCACAAGCAAGUUUUGUGAAAAGUAUGACAUAGACCACAACGUCAACGACGUGGAGCACUGAUCUUCAGGACUACUCUCUGCUUUGAGACAGUUUGCUUCCAGGUCGUCUGUUUUGUUUUUUGACAAUCAAUGAGUUUUUAUCUGAAAACUGGAAGCUUCCCCUCUCACCAAUCUGCUGACUCUCUGCGAACUCACUCCAGUCCUCAGGCAGGUCUGACAUGAUCCGAUCCGGGUUUUUCAUUUGUUCACAAGCAAAUAACUCAUCAGAAUCAAGAUAAUACAGCUUGAUGGAGGUUUGAGUCAACAGAGAAGAUGGGAGCGUCUCUGGUCUGCAGCUGCCGUCCCUUUAAGUCUGCUUAGAGGAAUAUUAAAUUUAUCUGGACUAACUUCUGGUUUCAACACUACAGAAGCAGUCAGUGGUUCUACUUUUCCUUUUAUAAAGUAAAAAUAUGUUUAAAAGAUUUUUUUUUGCCCAUUGUAUGAAUGCAGAGUGGAGAAUGCUCCGAAGACAUCCAAGGGUAAAGGGCUAUUUCACGUUUUUCGGAAGGAUUUCUGCAUUUCUUUUUGAAACUCAUUUUAUUUUUAAACCAUAUGAAGAUCAAAGCGUCAGUGGUGGCAGAAUGCAUUGAUAAAACAGCCCAACAAACUGUUAAAAUAUUAAUAAAAAUCUGUCUCUGUGUUCAGUUAGUACGUCUUAGAGUUAAAUAACGUUGAACGUCUUUUCAUAGUCAUGUAAUUUGGUAAUAAUAUACAGAUAAAAAUAUCUUCGAUUUGAUUGAUGAAGUCAUAUUUAAGCAACUAUUGGAGGUUCUUUUUACAAGUCUAAAAAACAUAAAUCUAUCCAUCUUGGUUUUUUUUACAUGUAUUGGGGGAUCCUUGAACCUUUUAUGGCAUCUGUUUCUAUUGUUUCAAAAAGGGUAAAUUUACAGGUUUUCACCACUUAUACUACCUUAAAUGCGGUACUGUUCUCUGCAAGAGUAUUCAGACUCGGCCACCAACAGCCUUUUAUUCUACCACCCAACACUAAGUAGCACUUAAUUCAGAACAAGGGGAAAAUGUGUAGUUUUAAUGUUUUUUUUCUGCGUGUCAUGCAGUUGUUUUUUAGAUCCCUUUAUUUGUGCCCACAAAUUAAAAGCAAUUUUUCUGUAGAGUUCAGUAUUCUUUAAAAUAAAUCUUUUUUUAAAUUUUACUUUACAUCUUGUUAUAAUGUUACCAACCAGGAGAAAAGUACCUGUAGUGUUUAUUUGAUUUGUUUAUUCCUUUAAUCUCCUGGCAGCCAUUCAGGGGUGAAUAAAACUACUAUGCCCUUUUCCCGACUGCUGGAUCUGAAGAAGCUCACUAAUUGAAUGCAGACUUCAUCGUCGUAAACCCUCCUAACAGUAUGCUGCACGCAUUACUCUCAGUAUGCAGCUGGAAUAGUUGGUCUGAAACCACUUCCUGCCUUAAACCAACAGAGACGCCUCACUAACCGUGGAUUUAUUAAAGGCAAACUGUGGCUCCCUUACCAAAGUUACUUCACAUGCUGCUUUUUUUAUGCGUUCGCAAACAUUUUGGCCCCAUAAUCUGUCCUCAAACUCCUCAUGAUUAUAUUUAUUUUAGGAUUAAACUCUACAUGGCUUUUUUUUGUCUAAUCAAAAUAUUUUUGACCACUGAGGUAAGAUGAUUGGUCUGUUUCGCCUUCUUUACACUCCGUAACACAACGUUUUACUAAGUAUUUUUAGUCUGGUUUACAGUACAAAUAUUUUAGCACACUUGAAAUAUAAAAUUAACGCUAAUAUUGUGAUAUUUUGUGUAUUUUAAUGCUAAAAAUUACUGGGGGUUUUUUUUCCAGGUAACUGUAUGGCUAUGAGUGCAUGGCAAAGCAUUGAUAUCACCAUAAACACAAUAUACUCUUCAAAAAAAUCCUAUUUUAAAUGGUCUUCACGACGCCACUUACUUAAAGAAGUGUGAUUUAAACUGUACAUAGUAACUUUAUUUAAUUGUAUUUUCAAAUUUACUAUUUAUUGUUGCUCUAGUAAAAUAACAUUUCCGAUAAAUUUUUUAACAUCAUUAAUUAAAAUCGAUAAACAAUAAAUAAAAUUUUUCCCUAUAAAUGAUAAACAAUACGGUAAAUUCCCAAUCCUACUCACAAAUACUUUGCAGGAUGUAUGAAUUUGUUUCAAGUCGAUUGUUUCUCAACAUUAAUGAAAAAUUACUACCUAUAAAUGAAGUAAUCUGCCACUACAGCUAGAUAUUUUAAUUUAUAAUAUUUCCGUACUGUGAGUUUCAUCAAUAUUAAGGAAUUAUUUCUAACUGAAAAGUUACUUGUAAGUCAGUUCUGUCUGAUUUCAAGUGUACUAAGAUAUUUUCCCUGAAGCUAGACUAAAGAUCCUUGGUAGUAUUUAGUGUUUUUCAGUGUAUUUCCGUCGCAGCUUCCUGCCCUGCUCGAUCCGUGUUGCUGUUUUAUCGGCUCCCUGACAAUGUGAGCAAGGUCUGGGUAAAACCCCUGACAAGUGAAACAUUUCUAACAGCAUCUGACUGUUUUUUUAAAAGUAUUUGGCUAAAAACGUGUCGGCCUGCAGCUGCUUGAAAAGCUGCAGUAAUGUUGAGAAGGAUUAUGUGGGUUUAGUUUAGAUUACAGUAGUCGGUGAGACUGGCUCACUGAUCAGCUGGUAUUUAUGAGAAAACGAGUCAUAAACCUGGUUAAAUAGCAUUUUUUGUUGUUGUUUAGGAAGCCUCCUUACUGUGCCUUUGGAUAUUUGAGCAUGUCAGCCAUGAUGAAUGCAAGCUGCAGUUUCUCUGCUGUUUUAUGUCAGGACCAAAUCAUUUGUUGUUUUUUCUAUUUAUUUGAGGGGAAAAAGGGAAUGUUUUGAUUAAACCUAAGGUGAUGGCCUUGAUACUGUUCUGUUUUGCUCCACUUUUGAUAAAUCUGUAAAAAAUGUUCAUUUUAAAGAAGCCAUGGUAAAAUAAACACUUAGAUAUACUUGA